AUGUAUAUAAAGGAAAAAGAGCUAUCGAAAUGCAUCACAAUGUUGUUCGAGAUUCUUCUGGCGGCAAUUUCAAUUUCGCCGAUUUCGGCAUGCGGCGGACCCAAAAUAUCUUCUAUUCUCAACUGCGAUACUAUUAAACCUGGAAAUACAAGCGUCGAUUUCGCGCAGCCGAUGGCUGAUGGUGAUGAGUUCAUUUUUCGUGGUAAACUCUUCGUAAAAGAAGCCCUUACGAGAACCAGAGCUAUAUUCGACUUGGAAGGAAGCAACGGCGGAAUUGUACUUCAUUUUCGCUACGAUUUCCAAAGUGGUGGUCAAAGGGAGAAGAUCGUUCUCAAUAGUUGGACUGGAAGCGCAUGGGGCAACGAGCUGCACCAUGCAAGUCCAUUCAAGCCAGGGCAACAGGUCGAAAUUCAUGUGAAAAAAAUCGGAAGCAUCUAUGAGAUAACCGUCACCGACGGCGUCGUGCUGACUUUCCCACAUCGAUUGGCCGCUUCGCGAAAUCCCAUAUCAUUUUCCUAUCUGGGUGACUGGACAGUUUCGUCGAUUCAGAUGAUUUGCGCCAAGCAAAAUUCCGAUUCAGAAUAA